AGUUAUAAGUGCGCAUGACAAAAUUCUUUGGCUUUCCUCGCAACAGAACAGAAUCUCAAGUCCUUCAAAAUGUCUUACAGGGAUCUAAGAAAUUUUACAGAAAUGAUGAGAGCACUUGGUUAUCCAAGACUCAUUUCAAUGGAAAACUUCAGAAAUCCUAAUUUUCCAUUGGUUGCAGAGGUGUUGAAGUGGCUUGUCAAGAGGUAUGAUCCAUCAGCUGACGUAAUUGGUGAUACAGACACAGAACAAGACAGAGUUAUAUUUAUAAAGACUAUUGCUGAGUUUAUGGCAACCAAAGCACACAUAAAACUAAACACAAAGAAGCUGUAUCAGUCUGAUGGAUAUGCAGUCAAAGAACUUCUCAAAGUAACAUCUGUAUUGUAUAAUGCCAUGAAAACUAAUACAGCUAAUCAGGCAGACAGUAAUGAUGACUCAGAUGUUUCUGCAUUGUCGUUUGAUAUUACAUCCAGGAUUGGAGAUUUAAAGGAGGCCCGGAGACUUGCUUCAGAGAUCACAUCAAAGGGGUCUACAUUGUAUGAUUUGUUGGGAAGAGAAGUGGAUUUAAGGGAACAAAGAUCAAUAGUUAUAGCCAAGUCAUUAGAAAUAAAUGAAGUGGAGAGAGGAAUGUCUGAUUCAAUAAAGGCAGUAGAGAAUGAGGUAAAGAAAACUAUGAUGAUGUUAGACAACGUAGCAUCUGAUGAAGCCAACUUGGAGGCAAAGAUUGAGAAAAAGAGGAAUGAACUAGAAAGGAAUAAUAAAAGAUUACAGACAUUACAGAGUGUUAGGCCAGCCUACAUGGAUGAAUAUGAAAAGUUGGAAGAAGAUUUACAAAAGCUUUAUGAAACCUAUGUACUAAAAUUUAGAAAUUUGUCCCACUUAGAAGCACAGUUAGAAGAUUUCUACAGAUCAGAACAGGAUAAAUUUGAGGAAACUGAGGAAAAACUGAAACAAAUGGCAGAAAGAUUGAAAAAUGAGGAAAAAAUAAGAGAUAAUAUUCCACAUGAAGAAGUUGCAGGUAUGAAUGAUGAUAGUGAGGAAAGUGAUGAUGAUGAUUUAGAUGAUGACGAGGAUGAUGAUGAUGAACAAAGACAGAUGAGACAAAGGCCUGAUGGUUUUGAUAUACCAGAAGACCCAGCUGCAGCAGGGGAAAGAAAACAGAGAGUUAUGGGUAAUAUGAUGGGGAAUAUUAGUGAAGAGGAUAGUGAUUCUGAUGAUGAUGAUGAUGAUGAUGAAGAUGAUUCAGAAAUAGACUUAGAUGGUGAUGAUCAGGAGGAUAGCGGAGAUGAUGUUGUAGCGCCUCCAAAUCCCCGUAAACGACAACCACCACAACUAGAAGAUAGUGACAAUGAUUUCUAGUUAUUCUGUUUAAUUCCUUGACUUAUAAAGAUGAAUACAGCAAACCAAUGUGAUAUAUAUGUGUAUAGUAGGGGAUUAAAAGGCAAAAAAUAUACUUAAUUUUUCAGAAUUCAUGGACCAUUUUUAUUUUGAUUAGUUAAGUAUUGGUCUUUUAUCAAUAUCAGUUGUACUGAUGUAGUUUUUUGGGAUAAAUGGUACUGAAUUCUUGUCUCAUCUUGUACUUUGACAUUGGCCUCAGAAAGGUAAUAUUUUAAUUUGUAUGGCCUGACUGAAAUCUGAAAAAUAUAAAUCAUAAGCCUAUCAGUUAAGGGAAUAACAUUAUAGAUUUUCAUGGCUGGCCAUGUCCAAUACAAAAUGAAAUAGUGUCAUGGUGAAUUUCUGACUCAACUUAAUUACUGUAUCAAAACUUUAAAAAAAAAAAAGGUCUGAUAUAGCACAGGCAUAUACAGUUAUAAAAAAAAAUAAUAGGAAAAUAAUAGGAGAAAUCUAUAAAAUCAUCUGUACUUUCAAUUCCGUGCAUAAUAGAAAAAUAAAUCUAGUUCAUUAUAUACAGUUAUUAAAAAUGAUUUUUUUUACAAAAUAUUCAAUAGUUAUUGUGAAGAUAAUUCUUGAAAAAUGCCAAGUAAUGUAUCAAAUAUAUUGUUAAUGAAUGAAUGGAUUUGAAAAAAUAAGCAAAAUAUUAUUUAUUAGAAGAUCUUAAUUAUUUAUUUCUUGUGUUUGUUAUUUGAAUGUGAUUAUUACAUUAUUUUCAAGCUAA